CUCAGUCGCUUCGCUUGCCGCGCGUAUUAACCUUGUUUACAGCACUUGAUACUGCCAUGACGAUCACGGUUGUUGACUUGGACAGGCCGAGUCGUCCGAUUCGAUCUAUAUAACCCGAAUCCUGCCCAUCCAACUUGGGCAGUUGUGCAGUUGUUCAGUCGGAAGGAUCCAAAGCCCCUCAUCCCCUAUCUGGCACAAACCUUUGUCAGUCUUUCUGUCCAGACUUUCCAUAACAGGGAUAUUCCAAGCCCAACCUUUUGCUGGUUCUGCACAACGAGCCGCCAUGCUUCCCAACGUCGUUCUUACAGCCAUCCUGGCGGCCCGCUACGGGAUGGCCCUUGCCGUCCCAGUUCCCACCCAGGCCACCCACGCCAUUGAGAUUCGAAAUGCCGGAGCCGAAGCUACAGCUGGAGUCGGCGCCGACUUGCUUGCCCGUCACCAUGACAAGGACAAGGGCAAGGACAAGGACAAGGAUAAAGACAAAGGAAAAGACAAGCACGGCCACGGCGACAAGAAGAAGGACGACAAGAAGAAGGACGACAAGAAGAAGGACGAUAAGAAGGACGAUGACAAAGACGACAAGGACGACAAGGACGACAAGGAUGACAAGGAUGACAAGAACGAUGACAAGAAGGACGAUGACAAAAAGGAUGAUGACAAGAAGGACGACGACAAGAAGGACAAGGACGGACAUCAUAAAGACAAGGGAAAGGACAAGGGAAAGGGCAAAGACAAGGGCAAGGGGAAGGAGAAGGAGAAGGACGAGGGGAAGGGUGAUGAAUCAGACGACUCUGACUGCGACGAUUGAACGAGCUUGAGCUUUCUAGCUCAGGAGGACGUGUUGAAUCGUCCAUGCAGUUGUCUUUGUCAUAUCAGAACGGAGGUAACCCCGCCUUGUACUUGCUUUAAUAUGAAAGGGGAGAUGAUGCGGAUCAAGCCAUGUAAUACAGGUACCACUGCUGUUCAACUUGGUAGUACCGGACUAGCUGCAACCAAUUCACUUGAGGUACUUGAGUUGACAACAUAAUCUCUGUUCCUUUGAAGAUGCAUAAGAACCUGUAAAGGCUCUAUCCGUUCGGUCCUGGGUUUGUCAGCUGUUGGCUUGUGAGUGCAGGCUCAGGGGCUAGACACAAGUCGUUGAUUUGCCUCUCAGCUGGUACAUACAACAUACCUAGGGUUUGAAAGCUAAGGUAGAGAGAGUACUGACGGGUGUCUUUCA